CAACUAGAAAAAGUCUGCACAAGUCUAUCUGUGUAUUCUCUGGUUUAUAUUUUUAUAUGGCAAGUAAGGUGAUUAGCCUUAAAGGUCAUUAUCAGUAUACAUACAAUCUGAUAGGAUAUCAUAAUCACACUGUAAACUGAAGUCUGUGAUUGGGUUACUGCAGCCUUAGUAAAAGAUUGAGCUAAAUGCUAUCCCAGAUUUAUUACAGGGAGGGUGUAACUGAAUGUCAUAAGAUGAUGUUUAACACGCAUGCUUUACGACUCACAGUACAAGUAACUGAGAAACAAAUCAUCCGACAAUAGUCACAGCCUGCGAUUGUUUUUAAAUCUCUUCUGUCAGCAUGUUGGACGUAUACAAGUGAAGCUGUUUAUUUGAAGCUUUGUGCUAUAUGGAUUAGUUUAGGUUACUUUUAUUUCUAGGGCUGCGAGUCGGAUCUUCUUGCGUGUCAUGAGUAAAGAGAUAAACAGUAUAGCCGGGUGCUCUCUUUUAAAUACAGUAGGAGAAUGAAGAGAUUCAGUCAAGUUGGACUUCAUGGACAUGAGAACCUUGGGAUUGAACUUACUGAUGGAAUCUCUAGUCAGUCAGUAAGGUCCAUUAUUGGUUCACCAGCUUCUAUGGCAUCAGAUGUGGGCCGGUCAGUCGCCAACCUGGCAUCCUACGCGAGGGGCCGCUGGAAACAUGUCGCCCGAAAGUGUGCAAAGAAAAAACCUACAGAGGAAAGUAUUAGCAACAAAUACAGAGGUCUAGCAAUGGACGAAGAUGCUAUAGAUGGACACGACAGCAAAAGCCAGCUCAAUAAAAGAUUACUGGAUCAUUUCCGAGCCCUUGCAACCAGCAACAAAGACACAGAUGAGGUGGACCUUCAGUUUCUGAAUGAUGUCCUCACGAGUGGUGCCAGCCCCAACACAACAGAUAAAUACGGCCAAACAGCCCUGCACGAGAUAUCUCGAGCGUGGAAUGUGGAUGUGAUGCGUUUUUUCUUGGAAAGAGGGGCGGAUUUUCAAAGAGCGGAUGGGUUUGGAGUUACACCCCUUCAUGUAGCUGCUGCCCUGGAUUAUGAGGAGAUGAUGCAGUUCCUGAUAGAAAGAGGAGCUGAUAUUGAAGCUCGCACAUACCAAGACAAUCAGACUCCGCUACACUUUGCAGCUAAGAAUGAUGCUGUUGGAGCAGUCAGGCUGUUGCUGCAGAACGGGGCUGACAUAGCUGUACAAGACUAUAAAGGGAGAACACCACUACAGCUGGCAGCUAACUUUGAUCGAAGUGAGGCGGCGCGCUUGCUGCUGGGAUUUGGAGCAGAUGCUGGGGUGCAGGACUCUGAUGGUCAGCUCUGUAUCACUGCUAUGAUUGCUAAAAUGACCCCUGUGGCUGAUCUGGCCAUGAGUCAGUUUCAUAUGAAAGACAGAAUGACCCGGAAGCAGUUCUAUUACCUUCAUCUCAUAGAGCCACAGCCCAUCAACAUGAAAAAUCCAAAACAUUCUGAUCCAUCCUCUCCGUUGGAGUUAAUUGUCAGUCAGGGUAAACUGGAUCUCAUCAUGCAUCCCGUGGUGCUAAAACUCAUCACUGUCAAAUGGAAGUUGUAUGGCAGAACGGGUGCCUGUAUACUUUUGCUUCUCAACUUCCUAUUUAUUGUCUCCUGGACGACAGUCGCCAUAUCUGUGUCAGUAAGUCCAGAGGAAGGAGAUCGCUAUAUUCUUCCUCGGGACUGGUGGCGUGUUUUGUUGGUGGUUUUGGCACUUGUGCUGACGAUGACCGAGGUGUACAGGGAACUGAUGGAUAUCGUACGAUCACAAAGGAAACUCAAACACUGGCAGUGCUGGGCUGUACAGAAAGUCAAUGAUGACCUGAGCUGCUCUCAUCCUAUGUGGCCUGAGGAGCGCAUUUACUUAGAAGGACAAAUUAAGUUCAUUCGAAACCUGAAAGGAACCUACUCUCAGGACCUCUGGAAUAUCUUUGACUGGCUUGUGUAUGUGUUGUUACUGGCAGUCCUGGGCAUCCACUUUGCAGAUGUAUAUCUGAUGUCUAAGUCGCUUCGACAGAGCAGCCUUCGGCUGUUUGCGGUCUCCAUUAUUUUUCUCUGGUUGAGGCUGAUGAAGCAGGUCCGAGCCUUCAGGGCUAUGGGUCCCUUCAUUGUUAUGCUGGGAAAGAUUGCAGGAGAUGUGCUGCGUUUCCUCUUUUUGUAUAUCGAGAUCUACAUCCCAUAUGCAUGUGCUUUCUGGAUCAUAUUUGGAGGUUUAUCUGUCGUGCCAAGUAUGGAGACGGUCCCCCAACUUCUCUACAGCCUGUACCGUAUUACUCUGGUGGAUGAAUAUGAGUUCGAUGCUAUGUUGGGUGUGGAUGCAGUCAUGGCUUACCUGCUCUGUGGAUCAUUUCUGGCCCUGUCGGCUAUUCUGUGUGUCAAUUUGCUAAUAGCUCUUCUUUCUGACACUUUUCAAAGGGUGUAUGACAACGCAUUGGCCAAUGCAGUGAUGCAACAAGCGGCUAUCAUUUUGCAGAUAGAAGAAUCCAUGCCUUUUCUGAGACGUUGCUAUGACAACAAGUACAUCCACCGCCGUUGUGCCCCGCUUGGUGAAUACUAUGAUGAUGAUGUCACCACUGACCCAGAUCACCACGCUGAGAUGAAGAAACUUACAGAACAGAUCAAGGACACUUUAGAUGAAUAUCUGAACAUCCAAAAACAGACAACAUUUCAUUUAGCCAUAGAAGAAGCCACAAGUGGAAGAGAGGCAACACAUCCACAAGAUGAGGAGCAUCUUCAAUCUCUUCACAGACUUGAGAGAGACCAGCAGAAGCACAGUCAGGACCUGAGCGAGCUGAAGUCUGAAGUGAAGGAACUUCACAGGUUGCUGCUCCAGCUGGUACAGGCCAAGACAAAAUCGUGUUAAAGACUGAUGCAAAUACAGUGUUGUUCAGACAGACCACACUGAAUAUCUGGAAAGAAAGGACAGUAAUUUCUAUACUUUCAGUGCACAGAAGAUGAUUUCUGGGACAUUCUUAAACCAUCACAUAAAAUGCGAUAAGAUGGAUCGUUAGGUUUUGUGCAAACUUCUGGAGUCAAUGCCAUGCAUUUUGUACAUUUUUGAAGGAUUUCUUGACAGAAAUGGAAUAUAAUAGACAUAACUAUUAUCGGUGGUGUACAAAGACCUUACACAUAAUAAAACGUAAUGUUUUUAUUACUUUAGAAUGAGCCGUUUUUAUCUACAUACACAUGGUCUCCUCACAUGGAAGUUGGCGUCAUGUUUCUACAGUAGCCCUAAACAGACAAACUGCUCUACAGAGCACAUUUCGUCACUACUUUGUCUCCGAUGAUGACAUGGUUGUCCUGUGGCGGCUACCAUAGCUUCUCUAUGCGUUUCGAAAGGAGGGGUGAACUGUUGGUUGCAAUUGACAACCUCACCCUAUGCUGCUAAAAUCCUUUAACGCAAAAGGUGUCUAUACAAAAUAAAAUUGUCAUAGGUUAAUUCUAUAAAAAAUAUUUUAAUAAAAUCAAUAUGCUGAUAAAGAAACGUUAUUACAAAAAAUGCAUUAAAAAUAAUUGCACUUUAUAAUAAAGCAAAUGUACAAAAGGUUAUAAGUGCAUUUUUGUAAGCAUAUACAGUACCUAAAGGAUUAUUAGGAACACCAUACUAAUACUGUGUUUGACCCCCUUUCGCAUUCAGAACUGCCUUAAUUCUACGUGGCAUUGAUUCAACAAGGUGCUGAAAGCAUUCUUUAGAAAUGUUGACCCAUGUUGAUAGGAUAGCAUCUUGCACUUGAUUGAGAUUUGUGGGAUCCACAUCCAGGGCAUGAAGCUCCCGUUCCACCACAUCCGGAAGAUGCACUAUUGGGUUGAGCAGAGGCGAUUCUAGGGUCUAUGGGGGCCCCAAGCAGAAAAUUCCCUGUGUACAAGAAGUGUGCAAUACUUCUAUACAAUAUCCUUUGCCACUAUUCUACAGUGCAAUAGUUACUGCGAAAGAUACAUAUAAUCCUCAUCAUACCUAACAUUAUUAACAUGUUUGGAUGCAUAAAUGGCAUAACAUGUUUGGAAAUAAUGACAGCAGAGAAAUAUUUUCUACAUUAUACAAUGAUAGCAAUGAUUAAUGACUUAUUUUUACAAGAAUAUUUUUACAAGAAUAUUUUAAGAAACCAGUCA